UUGACGCCAGGCGCUUGGACGCCGUUUAUUUAUUUUUCGUGCAAGCUUUUUACUAUUAACCAAGAUGAGUUAUAUGCUGGGGCAUCUGCACAACGGCUGGCAAGUGGACCAAGCUAUUUUGUCCGAGGAGGACCGAGUUGUGGUGAUUCGUUUCGGCCACGACUGGGACCCGACAUGCAUGAAGAUGGAUGAGGUGCUCUACAGUAUCGCAGAGAAGGUCAAGAACUUUGCAGUCAUAUACCUUGUGGAUAUCACUGAAGUCCCAGAUUUCAACAAAAUGUAUGAGUUGUACGACCCCUGCACGGUAAUGUUCUUUUUCCGCAACAAGCACAUCAUGAUAGACUUGGGCACGGGCAACAACAACAAGAUCAACUGGCCGCUGGAGGACAAGCAGGAGAUGGUGGACAUCUUGGAGACCGUGUACCGGGGAGCGCGCAAGGGCCGCGGUCUAGUCGUCUCUCCUAAGGAUUACUCUACUAAGUACCGCUACUGAGCUCCCACACUUUUUAUUUUUGUGGAGAUUUAUCUUACUG